AGCGUAGUUACAAGCAUGAAUUGUUGACAGAAACUGAUGUUGGUGUUGAAGUUGACCUGAUAGACCCUGAUGUUUUUAAAAUAGAUAAAGGAGCCAAAUUGCAUCCAAAUGACGAAGUUCUUUUGGAGGAUGACAAUCCAGGAGUUCUUAAUUCGCGCACUUCUCGCCACCAACGUUAUGUUUCAUGGCUUCGCAAAACCGAAUAUAUUUCAACUGAAAUGUACAAUAGAUGGAGUAAUACGGAAAAAGUGGAAUCUAAGUUGGGUUAUGGUAUCAAGAAGAGGCUAAAUGAAGAACCUCUGUAUAGAGAUCGUGAAAGCCAAUUAUCAGCGAUUGAAGCGACCUUUAAGGCUGCCAAAUCUCCUAUCAAAGCGCAUUAUAGUAAACCAAAUGUUCAUGCAUUGGAGGUCUUACCGGUGUUUCCGGAUUAUACCCUAUGGAGAUAUCCUUGUGCCCAAGUUAUUUUUGACGACGAUCCAGCUCGUAAAGGAGCACUAACUUUGGAUCACAAAGAUGAUGUUACCCAAGCUGUAAUCAGAGGAAUGGUUGACGAGACGGGCGAUCACUUUGUUGCAUACUUCUUGCCAAUGGAAGAAACAAAGCAACUUCGAAGACUGGAUAGUGAAACUAAGAUUCCUUACACAGAAGGGGCUGCAUAUGAAUAUGAAUUAGCAAGAGAAUAUAACUGGAAUGUCAAAAAUAAGAGCAUGGCAAAUUAUGAAGAAAAUUAUUGUUUCAUAUUCCGUAAUGAUGUCGAACGUAAUACCCGUGUUGUUAGAAUGCUAAUGCUAUAUCGCUUAAUUCGCGAGGUAGUUCUAUCGGUUUUGUUCUGUUUUUGA